CACACACACACACACACACACACACACACACACACACACACACACACACACACACACACACACACACACACACACACACACUUCAAUGAAGGGCCUUGAGGAAAAGAGUGCAUGUAAACACACUCAUCUCGCACAGUGAGUCCCCUGAGGGACACUAGCUAUAUAUUAAUACAAAUCACAUAAGCCAUUCUUAAACAUGUUGUAAACUCUGGAAGUAUGGUCUUAAAUGUCAAUGUGGUAUUGUUUUAUUGAUAUGCUGCAUGUUAGUGGGAGGUGCUAGUUCAGGCUGACCUGCUAAUGUUGGCCAGCGCCCACAGCCUCACAGGCUUUUACUGGGAGCACAUUCAAUGACUGCAAACAUGUGUCGUUUGAGUGUUUCUGUGCUGUUUGCGGUAAAAGUUUAACAAAAAUACAAAUUCCUUCACAAGAUAGACAAUAAAGUUUGAAAAGACAGAUAUGCUAAAAUACAGUGUACUCCCAAUGCCCUGCUCAUGUCUUGUUAUGGUUUUUCACUAAAUCUUAUAAAGUCAGGAUCUCCCACAAUACAGUUUGUGAUAGGAAAGCCCUGUCCUGGCUGCUAAGACAAUUAAUAUAACAAUACACAGUACAUAUAGCUAAGUUCCAAAAACACAUGAGUAUUUAUUUGAUUUAGCAUCAACUGGGUGAGACCAAGGACAAAAGGCACAGAUAACAUCCACUGAUGUCAUUUCAACAAUGCGAAAAUGUGUGAAUCUGAGAGAGUUCGCUUCGAGCUAGCGAGGUACUAUGUGUGUCAGUCAAGCAAUGAGGAACAAUUGGGAUUGGAGUUUCGGUUAACUUCCUGAUUAACUUCAUAAAAAUGGAAGUGAAACUCCAACCAUGGUAUUUGGGAGAACGAGGACAUUGUUUGUAUUAUAGGAGUGCACAAAUGACCCAAUAUUAAAACCUAUAUGGCUGCAGACAGAAACAUAUGCUAUCAAAACCGCUAGAAUCCAAAUGUGGUUAUAUACAUCCUAAAGGUAUCUAACAAGAAGAGAGAUAUGGAGAAAGGGCCUUUUUAACAUGCGACUGGUAUGACCAUAAUGCACCAGGUGUUUCUAGAUAAGACCGGUGUGUGUAUAUGAGAGAGAGGUGGUGUGUGUGUGUGGGAGUUAGAUAGUGGAGGCAGGGGUAUGCUGUGUGCAGCCAGCCAGCCAGUCAGUCAUGGGAUGAACGAGUGAGACUUGUGUACCCACAGCUGCUUACUGGCUGGAGCCAGGGGGAGGAGUGUCUCUGCCCUGCCUGCUGCAGAGAGAGAGAGAGAGAGAGGUAGUUAGAGAGAGCAGAGCGUGAGAGAAACAAGACUGAAUCCGCUCCACAGAAGAGGAGAGCAAGGGAAAGGGACAGAGAGAGAGGUUGGGGGCGCUGCAUCGGUAUGCCUGCUCUCUCAUUUCCAAUCCACACGCUGCUGUCUUUCUGAGUAGACCCAGACUCUCUGUUUGAAAUGCCAAUCACCUCCUUGAGGCUGCGCCUUCUUCCUCAUUCAUUUACAUUUAUACUCCCCUUUCCCUGCGUGAGGGAGACCGGGAGUGCCUGAGACAUUCGUGGAGGAUCAUUUCUGCUGAAGUUGCUGUGAAGAAAUUACUGGGCGGUUUCUGCUCUUUGGACGCAAUCUGCCUGAUCUUUCCGUGUUUGGAGAGGACACAAAGUCUCUGGAAACAUCGAACUCUAUAUCACCUGGAAUAUUUGAGAAUUUGUGACUGCAUUUUUUAGAGACAUACAGGAAUUCCUGUAAGCCAAGACGAUCAAACUUGUUGACAGUUUUCUAUAUUUUCCCUGCUACUCUUGCAGGGCAGGCACACAGCGCAGCACGUGUUGUCUUUGUCUUUUCUAAGGACAGAACCAGAGGUGUAGAAGGAUAGGCUGCCAGAGUAUUUGUCCUCUAUCUGUGUGCGUCUGUGUGAUUGAGAACCGUCUGUGUCUGCACAGUGAGGGAUGCCCUGGGGGACUCCCAGAUCCUGGUCGGGGACGAGGGCUAGUCUUCACGUUGCUGCUGACAUGGCAGAGGGUACACGGCUCCUCUCUCUCGGCCACCAGCCCGAUCUGCUGCUGAGCUAGGACCAGGACUAGGACCAGGACUAGGACCAAGACUAGCUACGGACCAGCCCCUGCCAAGCCCCCUGUCUCUGAGUCUAGGAUCAAACCAGUCAAGGAUCUUUCUGGAGCCUCCUGCCCUCUGCCGGUUGAUCUGGUUUCAGACCAGGAGCUUUCAGAAGGCUCUCUGGCUGCAAGAUGAUGAACUCUUCCCUGGACCUGCUGGAGUUUGAGCUCCUCAACCUGAGUGGCCCUCCUUUCUGCCUCCUGGACGUGGGCUACAGCCAGAUCUUAAGCACCUGUCUACUGGAGGUAGCCAUCAUCCUGCUGCUCACCGUCCUCAUCAUCUCUGGCAACCUGGUGGUGAUCUUUGUGUUCCACUGUGCUCCUCUUCUCCACCACCACACAACCAGUGCCUUCAUCCAGACCAUGGCCUACGCAGACCUGUUGGUGGGUGUCAGCUGCCUCAUCCCCUCCCUGUCCCUCCUCCACCACCUGAAAGGCCUGGACGAGGAGCUGACCUGUAAGGUGUUUGGUUACAUGGUUUCCGUGUUGAAGAGCGUUUCCAUGGCGUCACUGGCGUGUGUUAGCGUGGACCGCUACAUGGCGAUAACACGGCCUCUGUCGUACGCUACCUUGGCGACGCCGUGCCGGAUCCGCGGGUGCAUCCUCCUCAUCUGGGUCUACUCCGCCCUUGUCUUCCUGCCCUCCUUCUUCGGCUGGGGGAAGCCCGGCUACCACGGCGACGUGGUGGAGUGGUGCGCGGUGGAGUGGGAGACGAGGCCACUCUUCACAUCGUUCAUUGUGGCGCUGCUCUACGCGCCAGCCGCCAUGACGGUCUGCUUCACCUAUGUCAACAUCUUCCGGAUCUGCCGGCAGCAUACGAGGGAGAUCAGCGAGCGCCGCGCCCGCUUCGGCCCACAGGAAGGCUCUCUGGGACAGGAUGGCCAGCCGCAGCACGCGCCGGCGUGCACGGACAAACGCUACGCCAUGGUGCUGUUCCGCAUCACCAGCGUCUUCUACCUCCUCUGGCUUCCCUACAUCCUGUAUUUCCUGCUGGAGAGUGCUGGGAUCUACAGUCACCCUGCCGCCUCAUUCAUCACCACCUGGCUGGCUAUCAGCAACAGCUUCUUUAACUGUCUGAUCUAUAGUCUGUCCAACAGUGCCUUCAGGAAGGGUUUAAAACGCCUCUGUUCGUUCUGUGUGCAGCGCGUGGACAGUAAGAAGUCCUUCAGCCCCUCACCAGGGUAUGGACAGGGGCCCAUCUGCACACGCUCCACAUGCCAUGUCUAGGAUCUCCCAGGGAGCCUUGUGGCGGUUGAGUCAGAGUAUCGUGUUGUUAUAGCACUAAGCAUGUCCCAUACUGAUGCUGAGCUAAAGGGAACAGGCUCCACAGGGAGUUGUGUUGCUGCAGAUGCUGCUGCUUCUCCACAGUUGAAGGUUUGUUGGAGGGUUGCGUCCCUGGCCACAGCUGCCACUGACGUGAUCGUCUCCAGGGCCUGAGAGCUGUGAGACCCGCUUGGGAAGUACAGCCAAGGCUCAGCCCCAGCCAUGAGAGAGGUGGGAUGUGGAGUUACCCUAACCUUUGACUCCUGAUAUAGAUGCCGGCGUUAUGGCUACGUUGUUUCAGCGUGUGAGAGUUGAGGUGACUGAAGACCUCCCUUCUGACAGUACUUGCCAAAAAUACAAACUGUAAGAACACAUGUUGUUUUAGGGGAGGUUUUUUUCUGGGACUCUAUCUUCCUAGCAGUUUGUGAAACUAUUUGUAUUUGUGCUAUUACUACAAUGUAUAGAAUGCAAAAAAGGACUCACAUUAUUUAAAGGUCCAAUGCAGUCAAUUAAGUUUUUCCUGUUACAUUUACAGUUUAGUAAUUUAGCAGGCGCACUUAUCAAGAGCGAAUUACAAUUAGCGGAUUCAUCUUAAGACAGCUAGGUGAGACAAGAACACAUCACAGUCGUAUCAAGUACAUUUUCCCUCAACAAAGUAGCUAUCAGCAAAGUCAGUGCCAGUGAAACACUGUGAGAGUUAUUUAAGAUGCUCUUCAAAGAGGUGGGGUUUCAGACGUUUCAGAAAGAUGGGCUGUCCUGACUUCAGGGGGAAGCUGGUUCCACCAUUGGGGUGCCAGGACAGACAAGAGCUUGGACUGAGUUGAGCAGGAACUUCCCUCCCGUUGGUGUGGGAGAGACAAGAGACCAGAGGUGGCAGAACGGAGUGCUCGGGAUGGGGUGUAGGGUUUGAACAUAGCCUGAAGGUAGGGAGGGGCAGUUCCCCUUUCUCCUCCGUAGGCAAGUACCAGGGUCUUGAAGAUUAUGUGAGCUUCGACUGGAUGCAAGUAGAGUGAGCGGGGUUACAAGGAGAACAUAGCAAGGUUGAGCCCCAGGCAGGCUGCGGCAUUUAUAAUCUACAACUAUUAUAGUAAGGUACUUAAUUGUUACCCAGAAAUGAUUUGAUGUUAAUUUAAAAACAGCUGCAUUGGGCCUUUAAAAAAACGGAGAAACACUUGAUUGCUGCUUUCUUAUGCCUAGUUGAGUGGAGCUGUCAAUAACAACUUAUUUAAAUGUUUGCCCUUGUGGUUUUUACGGAAACAGAUUAUUUACAACAUUGUGCGCUGAGGGGUGCAACAACCUCAAACUCUGAAGAGAAGCAAGUAGGUCUACAUCAUUUAUUUACGUCUGGGUUGUUCUGAGGCAGAGAAAGGGAGGACAGCUGACUUUGUUUAGCUGUUCAAACACCAGGAUUAUUAGUAGAGCCUGACCGAUAUAUCGGUUCACCGAUAUUAUUGGCUGAUGUUGGCCUUUUAACACUGUAUAUGCUGAUAAUUCCACCGAUAAACAAUGUACAAUGAAUAGGAUGGGAAAAAAUUAUGGAUGAUUGCGGCUGUUCCCAUGAAGUGUUAUUCAUUUCACAGUGUAAGAAAUCAUAAUUUGAAGUGUAUUUCUUGGACGGCAAUUUAUGAGAAUUCAGUGUGGAAAAGAGUAUAUCGGCAGAUAUAUCAGUAAGUUUUGUCACCCCAAAAAUCCGAAUCGUAUCGGAUCCCCAAAAAAACAUUGGUCGGACUUUAAUUAGUAGUCCCAGUUGAACUAGUUUACUACUGAGGGAUCAGUGUAAUCAUUGACUGGAUGACUCUUGUUUCGACAAACUUCCUCAUCAUCAGAGCCUGUCUGGCUCUGUAACCAAACUACAUUCCACUUCACUUAUGAGGAGAAUGUGGUCGUUGGGUCAAAGCAGAAGGUUAUAGAGAAGUGAUUAAGCGCCAGAAUAGUUGAUCAUCUCCAAAGCUUUGCCCCACAUAUGUGAUCUGUUCUAGUCUAGGAGUAUCUGCUGCUAUACCGAUGGGGCUGGAGCACAGGAAGGGUUGGGAAUCAUUAAAUCAACCUCACAUCUCAGCCUUAAUGUUAAUGACAGUGAAUGUUGAUUGUGAGUACUGAGAAUGCUGUGAGGUGCUGUUAGCUGAGGAACAUCUGCCUCUGGCUGGGUGUCGUAAACGUCUUGUCCGUCUGUCGGCCACACUCCACCUUUCUCCUCCUGCUCAUUAAAUCACAGAAAGCCAGUGGGGAAAAGAGGGAGAAAGCGCAGAAUAGCAGCUUUGGAGUGAGAGAGAGCCCUAAGAUAAACAUUAUGGCCGCAGUAAUACUGUGCCACACACACAUGAGGUAAUGUGGGACGUUAAACAGUACCACUGUAUGUCCAGACCCAGAUGCUUCAAGACAUUUCACUUUUCCAGCCGAGGCCACAACACUACAGUAUAAAACAGGCUGGUUCAGACCAGGCUGUUCCAAAUGGAACCCUAUGUAGUGCUCAAGUGUUUUUAAACAAAUGUUACUGGAUAUUUAUUAGACUUUUUCACGUGUUUUGGCUUCUUGUCACUUUUAUCUCUUUAGUACUCUGACAUUUGGGAGCAAAUAUACAACGGACACAGUGGCUUUAUUUUCCUAGUGGACCAAAGUUGAAUAUUUAUUGGAUUUUGUAUAUUUGAAGAAGAAAGAGACAGAAUGAGAGAUAUCAAGAAAAAGAAAGUGUGAUUCACGUUGAUUACUUUUUUUAUGGAUGUUUUCCUGUUAGGAAUGUUGCAGUGAUGAAGGUGUGGCCAGACAUUGAGUUAGACUGCUGUGUUCCUAGGCUGCCUCUGCAAUGAAUCCAGUGUUCUGAGUACAGGCUAUAUCGAGGGGUUUCAGAGUUGCCUGUACAGCAGGCCUAUCUGAAUUUAUUUAGUCUUUGAGCAGUUACGGUGUGACUAUUAAAAUGUAUUUAUUUCAAACUA